AUGCUUCUGAAGAAACGAGUAGAUCACAGAAUCUGCCCGGACCUCCCCGGAAACGAGUAUAUCAGUCGAGGCGUAAUAGUAGAGCCUGUGAUGCUUGCAGGUCUCGUAAAACAAAAACAAAUACGAUUGCUUCAGACGACUAUCAAAGACUUGAAUGAAAAGCUCAAAACUGCUGAUGCUAGACUUCAAAGUCCGACAUCCACGUUUUCGUCCAAGACAACGAAUCGUUCUUCUUCUAGCCAAUCACCUCGCUCUCCUAGUCCGGAGCAACCCCGUAGAUUCUCGUUUAGUAGCACCGGCGAAAACUUUUUCCUCGGGUCAGCUUCUACUAUGAGUUUUGUGGAGUCGCUUCGAGGGUAUAUGGAGGGAUUAGGCUACGAUGCAUCACUUCUUGAUGCGCGAGGGCCUAGCGAAGAAACCCCACACGCUUUAAGUACCUCUCCGUAUUCGGAUACCUUGCAGAUAAGAGAUCUUCGUGCCCUAUUGCCUACUCAGAGCAAUGGCGAAAGGUUCCUUAUGAUAUUCUAUCAAUACCUUAAGAGGUACAUGCCGGCUAUGUGCUGGUGUGUUAUCCAGCAAAAGUUUGAGCGGGCCUAUAGGGCACCUGUAUUUGCCGAAGACAGAUCAUCCGUCACGGGGAUAUUCUGCGUCCUUAUGACGAUCAACGCCUACGCAAGCAUAUGCUCAGAUGACUCAGAUAUAUUCGAAGUUCCUAACUACAGUUCCAAACGGGGUUGGUAUUUUUUGGAAUUCGCAAAAAAUUUUCAUGACCUGAACCGUCCUACCCACUCUCUUUUUGAUGUUGAAGUCCUGGUAAUAAUGGCCAUGUACCUGGAGAGUGUCGCUCUGCCGUAUCCCUUGCGCCUUACCGUCGAAUAUCUAGCAAAAGUCUGUAAAGAUAUUGGACUCCACCGUAAAUCUACUUACGGUAAAUUUAAACUGAGACCGGUAGAUAUAGAGCAUCGGUCAAGGAUUUUCUGGUGUACGUUUCUUUUGGACCAAAAAUUGGCAUUACAGUUCGGAGCUAGGCCGAUAUUUGAUGCAGAAGAGAUUGAUAUUGACGAACCCGGUCACAAUUACACGGGUGACUUGACGAAUGAGCACGCCAACGGUGGCAUGAGCAUGGAAAUGCCCGAGAGUAUAAUAUUGACGAGAAGCCUUACCUCGAUCUCACGGUUGAUAGGGCCUAUUUUUCGCCUGGUGCCUCAAGCGCACGACGCUGAACACCGUCUGAGUCAUAUCGAGCAACAACUGGAUUUUUUUGAAAGUAAUUUCCCACAAGGCAUAUUGGCUUGGGAAAGCUCGACUCCACUAGACCCGGUUCUCUUGGAUGCGGCAAUUUUCGCAAUGGCCAUAAGACUCUCGCUUUACCGGUUUUUCACUGAUGCGUGUCUCAACCCUGAUUUCAGGGCAAGAUGCUUGCUACAGUGUCUCGAAGUCGCAAAAGCCACCGUACACUUACUCCGGCGAACAAUUAAAUUUCCAAACUGGGAGGAAAACUUCCGCCUACGCCAGUGUGGAUUAACCUAUCAACAUAUAUUCAAAACUUCAACUAUUCUGCUCAUUGCAGCUGCUAUAUUCCCUAAACCGGUCGACACUAGCUCCGAAUUGCGUACAUGUAUUGGGGUCCUUCAGAUAGCAGCGCCGACUCGGCCAUUAGUUCUCCAGAAUCUUCACACCCUUGACAAACUGAGCGAAAUUAUGAAGCAAACACCAGCUACUGCAUUGUAUAGAAACCUUAGAGCUGCUACCCUUGCCACAAUACCGCCACAUAUUAGCAGUAAGGCCACAGUUCAUCUUCCAGAAAAAUCAUAUUUUUUGACUGCACCAUCUUUAACGGCAACGAUUCCUUCAAACGCUCCAAUCCUAGCUUCCUAUAAAACAGGAGGUUCGCAAGUUCCUUUGACACUGCCUUCAAAUGAUAUCCCAUUCCGUGCUAGGGUCGAGUCACCUCUUGGACCAAACUACAAAUUCCCGAACAUAGCGGCGGCUUGCCCUGCGCUUGAAAAUAAUAUAUGGCUUAAUCAAGUUGACCUACCUUCAUGGGCGCUAAUGCAAACAGUUCUUCAGCAAGGAGACCUUCGUUAA